GCCUCGGUAUAUCUAGCGCCCACUGAGGGCAUCUGUUCUCCAGCAAUCGUGGGCCCAGCCCAGAGGAAGAAAGUGUCAGUUCCAGCGAAUUCGGCGGUACCCAUUCCCUUCAUUUUGGUCCCUAUGGGAACAAGCAACAUCCCCAUCACUGUUGUUGCCCACGGAGGAUGGGGGGCUGGGGACAGAGUUACCAAGACCCUACGAGUUGAGAGAGAAGGUGCCAUUCAAGUGGAGGAGUUCACCAUCCCUCUGGAUAACCCAGAUGGCCUCUCUAGAACUGAGGUGAUUUCAGGAGACGUGCCCCCCAACGCCAUUCCCGACGGGGACUUCAAGAUAAAUGUUCGUUUGACAGAUGGCCUCUCUAGAACUGAGGUGAUUUCAGGAGACGUGCCCCCCAACGCCAUUCCCGACGGGGACUUCAAGAUAAAUGUUCGUUUGACAGGAUCGGUGCCAACUGACACCCUGGAGAAUUCUCUGUCACCAGAGGGCCUGUCGAAAAUGCUGCGCGUUCCAGAUGGGUGUGGGGAACAAACCAUGGUACUGCUGGCCCCUGCGAUCUACGCCAUGCACUACCUGGACAAGACCGAGCUGUGGAUCAAGCUAAAACAGGAGAGCAAGCAAAAAGCUCUGGCAAACCUGCGCAUAGGCUACGAGCGAAUGCUCGAUUUCCGGAAAACGGAUGGAUCGUACGGGAUUUUUCUCUUUGUACCCAGCAGUACUUGGCUGACAGCUUUUGUGGUCAAGAUUUUUUCUCUGGCCCACGGUUAUCAGUCUGUUGAUGAGGCCGGGAUCCGAGAGUCAGUACAGUGGCUGCUGAGGAAGCAAAAAUCUGAUGGUUCCUUUGAGGAACCGGAACCUGUCUGGGACCGGGGCAUGCAGGGUGGCGUCGGUGGUGUGCACGAGCGUAUCUCCCUUGCGGCUUUUGUCACCAUUGCGCUGAAGCAAGCCUUGGUUGUCUAUGAGCUGAAGAAGGACGAUCCAAAGAAGGAAGAGAAGCAAGAGCAGCUGAGUCAAGUGAAACGAAGCUUAGCUCGGGCCACCUCCUUCCUGGCCCGCUCACUGGACGAUCUAUUUCUGGAUCCCUACCCUGUUGCCAUCUCCAGUUACGCCCUCUCGUUCGCUUCGGACAACCAGUCAGCCAUUGCUGCUGUCGAUGCCCUCCUGAGGAAGCUCGCCACGCAGGAUCAAAACAACACAGUGAUGUACUGGGCGGUGGAGGAGCAGGACCGACUGCAGGGGGAGAGGAAACGUUCCCAAGUGCCGUCGGCCUCUGCCAUCUCGGUGGAGGCCACGGGCUACGGGCUCCUUCACUUAGUGAAGCAAAAUUACACCCAAGCCGCCAGCAAGGUGGCUCGAUGGCUGACGGAGCAGCGGAACUACGGAGGCGGCUUCAAAUCGACCCAGGACACGGUUGUGGCUCUGGAAGCUCUCUCCCAAUAUUGGAUCAGUACCUACAAAAAGGAAGACAAUGAACUGAAAGUGACCCUCACUGUCCCUGGGAAAGGCUUGCCAUUCCAGAUGUCAUUUGGGAGGUCUGAUGAGGUCGUUGAGGAAGAGCUGCAGUUUACCUCCGGGAGUGACAUCCAUGUAAAGGUGGAAGGGAAAGGAAAAGGAACUCUGACUGUCCUGAAGCAAUUCCACGUCUUGGCAAUGCAGAACACCUCCUGCCAAACCCUCGGCUUAGAGGUGAAGCUGAGUGGUUCAGUUCAAUAUCAGCCGGACGCUUAUGAGUAUUACUACGAAUAUGAAGAUUAUGGCUCAGACAGCUCUGGGCCAGCACAACGGCCUGCUGACCAGCCGCUCUCGCCCAUCCAGUUGUUUGAUGCCCGGCAACGUCGCAGGCGGGAAGCCAAAGGACCCGGAAAGUCCCAAGAGAAAGUCGUUUACAACGUCUGUUUGUGGAGGCAACCAGGGGCACACGUCACAGGCAUGGUCAUUGUUGACAUCACCAUGCUCAGUGGCUUCGAGCCAAACAAGGACGACCUUGACAAGCUGCGAGAUCUCUCUGAUCGGUACAUCAGCCAUUGGGAGACCCAAGGACGACGGCUGCUCCUGUAUUUCAUUUCGGUGCCAUUAUCAGGACGUGAAUGUGUCUCGUUUGGAGCAAAACAGCUGGUCCCUGUGGGAAAACUCCAGCCAGCAAGUGCCACGGUGUAUGACUUCUAUGAACCAGCAAAGCGCUGCAGCACCUUCUACGGAGCGCCCAACAAGCCCCAGUUUGUGUCGGCCUUGUGCUCGGAAGACGUCUGCCAGUGCGCGGAAGGUGCCUGCCCCCGUUUGAAGCGAAGCCGUGAAGAGGCCAUUACGAAAGCGACUCGCAUGGAGUUUGCAUGUUACAGCCCCCGUGUGCAUUAUGGGCUACGGGUUCGAGUGGAGAAGGAGACUGAUGCAAGUGCCUUCCGCAUCUACGAAGCAAAGAUCUUGCAGCCCUUGCAGUACACUGCAGACGUGGGGGCCACCAUUAACCAGACCCGGCGUUUUGUGGUCCGUGCAGCCUGUCGGACGCGCUUGACCGAAGGCCAUGAAUAUCUUCUGAUGGGACGUGAUGGGGAAACUCGGGACCCUGAAGGCCGCCCCCAGUACCUGCUGGAUUUGAACUCGUGGGUGGAGGAGCUGCCAUCUCCUGGACACUGCGAGUCCACCAGGAAUCGCAACAAGUGUGUGGAGCUCCGGGCUUUCACCAGGGCCUACGCUGAGAGUGGCUGUCACGUGUGAGCUGGGGAACUGGAGUGGAAUCCCCUCACUCCAUCCCAGCCCUUGCCUCAAAAAAACGAAGCGGAGAUGUUGACUUUAUUUCCUGGUCUUUUUUUUUUUUUGGCCCUUCAACGCUUUGUUCCUGGAGGAUAAGGCCAAAGAUUUCCUGCACUGACUUCCUGCGUUUAAGAACUGCCUCUUCGGAUUAGGCCAAAGAGUUCCUGCUUCAAUAGAUGACAUCAGCUGCAUUCAAGUAACAGCCUGGUCACAGGAACAGCGAUUAUGAUUUCGGCCAAUGACACUUGUGUGCUAGUGAACGACUGGACUGAAAUCCGUUGUGGGGUUGUUGGGGUUUUUUGUAAUCUUUAUUUCAUCCUGUGGGAUUUGCUUUGAACUAGUUAUUACACCUGACGCAGUAUUUGCACUGUUUUAUUCACUAAAAAAC